AUGACCGUCGCACAGUCCAUCUCUCUCUGGAACGAUUUCGCGGCCAAAAACGGGGAUUUGGAGUUCGUUUGGCUGCAAUUCAUGUCCUACAGAAGCCUAGUCUAUACUCGGAUUUUCCCUAUAGCCAAAUUCAAGUCCAUGGUCGGGAAUGGGCGAUUCAUUGCCAUCCCUAAAGUUGCGUUCCACGUGGGACCAGGCGAUGUGAUUGCGGAAGGGGUUCCGCCAUCGGGGAAAUUCUGGCUGCAGCCAGAUUUCGAGACGGUCUAUUGUCAGCCUGGUUCCAAGGGGUCCCGGGCGGUCAUCAUGUGCGACUGCGUAAAUGACGAAGGCGUCCCAAUCGGCGAUUGUGCGCGGUCGCGGUUGCAGGAGCUGGAGAAGAUCUUGAUGGCGGAGUUGGGCUUCUCAGCAUUGGUCGGGUUCGAGGUUGAGGUGGUGUUUAUGCGAGCCAAGAAGGAGAAUGGAGGAACGCAGUACGCAAUGACCAACUACGAGCACUCCUGGUCCAGCAUGACGACCGAAGACGAAUCAUUGGUGGGAAUGUUAGAGGCCAUCUCACGUACGCUAGCAACGGUAGAUGUGCCCCUGGAGCAGUUCCAUGCCGAAGCAGCACCGGGCCAGUGGGAGUUUGUCCUGCCUCCUGCGCGGCCGGCACGGGCCGUGGACACGCUGAUCAAGGCGCGCGAUGUCAUCAAACGAGUUGCAGGAUCAUUUGGGUACCAUGCCACGCUCUAUUCGCGUCCGUCUCCCGCGCAUGCGGGUAGCGGGGCUCAUGUCCAUGUGUCAAUAAACCCGAUACAACAGGAAGCGCGGGAGGGGCUGAAGAGAGCCGAAUCCUUUUUCGCAGGUAUCAUGACCCACAUGCCCGCCGUUCUGGCUUUUUCUCUCCCCAUGGACAUCAGCUACAGUCGUGUCGCCGCAGGCCUCUGGAGCGGCGGCGAGUACGCGUGCUGGGGAUGGGAAAACAAAGAGGUGCCGCUUCGUCGCAUUGAGGGCAACCGUUUCGAAUUCAAGCUCAGUGAUGGGUUUGCGAACCCCUAUCUGGUUCUAUCAGCCAUGUUUGCGGCUGGCAUCGAAGGGAUGCGCAAUCGUGCGCCUCUGCGAGGGGGGGACUGUACCAAGAGUGCAUCGAAACUGUCCGCAAAUGAACGCCGGACUCUGGGAAUAGACACUGUGCUACCAAAGUCCUUGGACGAGAGCCUCUCAGCACUCACACAGGAUCUAGAUCUGCGUAAGCUGUGCGGUGCAGAGCUCAUCGAUGCAUAUCUCUCCGUCAAGCGGACGGAGACAGGACUGUUGCGACAAAUGAACGAGGAGGAUCGAAAGAAUUGGCUGAUCGCAAGAUACUGA